AUGUGCCCAGAGACAGCUACGCCUCCGCAGGACGCCACUGCUGCGGCCGCAUCGGAGACCUCGGGACCCCGAACGGGCUGCUGCUCCACAAGCCUGCAACAUAUGCCGCCCGGGCAGCAGCAUGAUACAUAUCUCUGUCGUUCGCAAAUCAUACCACUCCUGGAAUGGAUCGAGAGCGUCUCGGAUUGUAUGCUUGGAAACGCGAGUGGUAACCGCGUGGACGGCUGCUGCCCAAAGGCGACGGAUGUGAACACCAGUCCCGCACCUAGAAUACCUGAUGCGAAAGGCGGGUAUCAACGAAUCAAAAGCAAUUCCUUGACAUCAGAAGCGCUGUGCACGGCUCUCCAUGCCCUGACAGAGGCUCGAACUCCAGCUGCCUUCCAUGCCUGCACUCGACAAGCUUUUGGCAAGCUCAUUGAAACCACGAGAGCGUAUGUCGUAAGCGAUACUCGUGAGGCGCCCGCGAACAUGUUAGAACUUUUGCUCGAUGUACUUUUGCUCACGGAGGUGGUUCUGUUUGGGAGCAAUCUCAUCUCCUCCUCGUUGCAGUGCACCUGGGUUACUUGGCUCGACCGGUGGCUCACCGUCUGGUUGGAACGCUGGGCCGCGGUACCGCGAAACACGGACGCUAGUGCUGCUGUGCGCCAGGUAUACCAGCAAGCACGGUUGAGAGACGUGCUUUACGCAUGCGAAACUGUCGCAUCUGGUGCAUGUCAAACGGGAAAGAACCUAGCAUUCGCUUUCGAGCGUUUGUCGUUACAUCGAGCUGCUGGGGUAACCUCGCACGUAUCGGGUACGGUGCAUCAGGCAGGGUUGGUGACUCAUGCCCUGUUGCAUCCCGACUCCAAAACAUCUCCGAGCGGCACGACGCUUCCGGGAAGCGCAGCGAUGCUGGGUAUCGAAAGCUGCCGCUCGUUAUUGACGACUCAGGAGCCGCUUACGUCAAGCAGCAGCGGAGUCAGGCAUUGUUCCACGGGCCGUGCUUCCGAUUCGUGCUCGAAUGCACACGAAGCACCAGCUACUAGAGCAGAUGCGCACAUGCUAUUGCACGACGAGUUCCGGCAAGCCGAAGUUGACCUGGUUCGAGAAUCCGCUGGCAACCAUGCGGUAAUACCUGCUCCGAACGCGCUUACGUCCACCUUGAGCACGCAGCAAUCUACCACGGACGACGCUCGGAGCGGCUUUGUCUCGACCUGUGCCGUAGGAGCACUACCGCCGUCGUCGCCGACGUCGUCGUCGUCGUCGUCGACACCAACACCUCAACAGGAGGCGAUAUCCGCAGCGUGUGCUGCAGCACCAGCCGAGAGCGCUUGUGCACUGGAUCAUUCAACGCGAGCGAGUGCCUGGAUGUGGCUUUUGGUUGUUCUUGGGCACCUGAGAGGCCCGCAGUCGACACCGUUUCCAAUCGAAGAUGAUAGAAAUGAGGCCGGUGUCUUGCUCUGGAUGGCCUGCCUGGAACCGGUACAACUCCGCGGCCUCUACGCGCUCAGCAAGAGCAGCAUCUUCCGCGAUGCUCUGCAUCAGCAUAAGAACUGGAAUGAGUACGUUCCUCUACUGGUUCAUGCCUCACUGCGGGAGUAUGAAGCAUUGCUCGCUGCGCGUUGUCGCCUAGAGCCAUUCACAGUGGAGACAGCCAUGGCCGAAGCUUCCACGCAGUGGAGGCUCCCUCCUGAGCUGUGCGAUGACGUUGCUCGCUGUGCUUGUCGUCUUGCGAGUGAAGUGACUGGCCCAAGCAGCGUGCCGGUGCUUAUGUCGCUGCUCUGUAACGAAACUGUGCCUCGAAGCGUCAGCUGGAACGCGGCAAAGUCCCUGGCGCUGCUCGACAUUCGAGACGGCAUAGCACCGUGGCAUCGUCUGGAAUGUCAGCGUCUGACUGCCUUCAGUCAGCUCGCUUAUCUGCGGAGCAGGCUCGAGCAUGACACCGAGGCUACACGAGAACUGCAAACAGGAACGGAGGAGGCCUCAGCGGUCUCUGCAGAUUCGACAGAGGAUCCCAGUGUACCAGGAAGGGCACUGGCUACUGUUGCCCGCGCUGCUGAUCCUGCUGAUGCUGGUGCUUCUUCAGAGGCGUUUUCCAGAAAGGAGCCGCAGCAUUCCUGUUCCUGGCUCGCCAGUGCGGCACAGACGCUCGAGCGACUCCAUCACGAGCAUCCCACAGACCGUACGCUUCGCACGGUUGCAGCGGAAACACUUGCUUUGCUGGUAGAAAGAAUUCCAGGUCAGCGAUAUGCCGAAGCGUUACUCCUGCGGCUGUUGAUGGAGAGCACCGAUCUUCCGGAUCGCUUCUUUCAACAAAGCAUUCAGAAAAUGCAUCGAGAGACGCUGGUGAGCGCCUGUACGUUGCCGAUGCUCCAACAGAUCUGGAGCAAAUGCUGCAGCCUCAUGCCCUGUCACUUUCGCUUCCUCCGUAUCAUGGUCCAGGAAAACGGUGUCGAUGCGAUGCACGAAACUGCAGACGAGCUGCUGCAGCGGGCGCUCUUGGCAUUGAAUGACCAUUCCAUGAUGUUGGUCAAGAGCGCUCUCGGCUUUCUGGAGGCUUGGUACCUCGCGGAGAAGCGUUUGCGAGCGAGAGGCGCGUCGAUACCGACUUCGCGUCUUCUUGUCCGGAUUGGUUGUUUCCUCCAGGAGUUUCUUGCUCGGAGUCCAGCGGAGCGCUAUGUGUCCGCAUCCAGACUGGGCGUCACGCUACUUCCGAUGCUGCUGCGACACGGUGCUACCGUUCGGGAGCUCUGGGAGUGCCUCUGCGGGGCGCGUGACCCCAGAGAAGGCUCCCUGGAAACCACGACGGGCGCUCCACAGGUUUCUGGGAAGCACUGCGAUUCUUCGGCUGAUAGAACGCACGAGCACCAGCACCAGCAUGAGCAAGUGCGGGAACGCUUCCAUCGUGUCUUGGAAGGGAGCACGCUGCCGUACUUGUUGCUGCUGGUGACGGUCGCGCUCGUGCGAGCACGUGUCGUCACGCGCGUCGAACUUGUUGUUGUUGAUGAUGUCGAGAGCAACAUCGGCGCAACUGAGUAUCAAGUUUGUGGCGAGCAUCGCCAACAUUAUCUUACAGCACCCAAGCACGCUGCCCAGUGCCUUUUUGUGCCGCAAUGGCUUGCCCAGUGGGCGCUCGCGCACGCCGAGGACACCAUCGCCCUGGAUGCCUUGUAUCUUCUCACGCAACCGAAUGUUCUGACGACUGCACCUAUUCCAUUAGGGCAUCUGCAGCUACUGCUGGAGGCAUUGCCAGCCUUGACUGUAGGCACGCUUGCACCGAAAUCGACGCAGAUGUUGCGUCAGUUCUUCAUCAAAUACAUGGGUCCAGCUUGCCAGGCGCUGGUGCAGGGCUCUGGCUUCUGGGCGAGCGUCGGCUUCCUGCCAGGUACGGACUCGGCUGCGCAGGUACCUGACGCCGAGAGCUGGUCUGCCAAGCGUUCCGGUACAUUGUCGAGAACGCGACCGGAGGAAGCCUUAACGAAAGCGGAUGCAGAAGCUGCAGCAGCAGAAGCAACAUUCCUGUCCCAGACUCGAGAUGUGAACGUAUCAGCAAAAGCAACGGCAGCAGCGGGGCCAGGCACGGCACCGGGAAUGCAAAAUGCCUCUGCUGUUGAUAUUGAAAGUAAUGAAGUCAUUUCCAGCAACCGCGAUCUUUACGCUAUACAGCUCGUGCGUUUUCUCAAGAGCUGGGUCCGUUUGCUGACGCUUCAGAUCGGGCCUGGGGUGGGCCUGACCAGACGCCUCGCGGCAAUAUCUCUCUUGGAAUCACUACCCGUGCAAGUCUGGCGAUUCGUGGAGCACCAGUGUCCGCAACAUAUCCGUAUCAUGGAGGACUGCAUCGCUGUCGCACUGGGGUGUCUUCUGGAUCCCUAUGACAGCAUCCGGGUGCGGGCAUGGGCGUUGCUUCGUAACCUUGCAGCCUACGCUGACCUGAACACGGUGAUGAGGGUGCUCGUACCUACGGGGUCUGUUCUGGUACGUUCCUGGACGCGCAGGAAAGCGGACUCGGGAGCGCUUCUUCUGCGGACAGCUGUCAUGUUCAUGGACAAGGCUGCGAGCCCCAGGGCCUUGGGCAAGCUUGAUGUUUCCCGCAUAUCACUGUGCAACGGGGUCGGCACACCAGCACAGGAGGCUCCCUCGCGAGUUACGCUACUGGAGGCACUCGCUACGAUCCUUGCAAACGUUGACAUCAAAAGGCAUGGGGUCGUCCUUACCCUGCGGUAUUUGCUGGACGAUUGUAUGGAUUCGGCAACGGGGCGAUGGAUCCAACCUCCCAAACCCAGUUUAGCCUCGUUGACGCGUCUGAGUCAGGCGUGCAUUACCUUAGAGGAGCGCUGUUCCGCUCUAUUCGCUACUCAGCACGAUGGUUAUGAGGCAGCUCUGCAGACGGACCCGCUUUCUGAGGACGAAGCGUUUGCGUCUACGGCGUCAGCGGAAGACACCCAAGACAGAGCCCAUUGGGAAAACCAAACGAGCAACACCUCUCUAGUUGCUUCUGCAGAAUUGGCGUACGAUGCCGACGCAGAGGAACGCGUAAGCGACGACUCUCAGGCAACCUGCGCAGAGUUUGCGCGACGCAGCACGCAGCACGGCGUCUUUCUCAUCAUCAGGGAGAUUUGCUAUAUCACCAGCAUUAUCAUCAGACUUCUGUUGGAUGAAUUUCAUCCUGAGGAAAGCCUGGAUGAGGCUUUCGUGGUUCCAAGUACCGCAGAUUGGGUAGUAGGCGCUGCGGUAUCGGUAUCGCCGGCUACUGUUGCCGCUCUGGUCGAGUUUCUCACUGAUUUUCUAGCGGGAAUGCUGUUGCGCUAUCGACAUAGUGGUAUUUGUGGCCACGCGUCGAUCUGUUGGCGGUCUGUCUGCAAGCAGUUGGUGAAGCAUACCGACCCAGCGCUGCGGGCGCUUCCCAACCGGUGUCUGGACCUCAUUGUACAACGUCUGCACCACGGAGGUUUCGCUGUGCUGCGGCGCUCGGCAGGGCUUGCUUACCUUGUCCAGGGUGUCGUUGCGGCUUCCGCGAAUUCUCCCUUGGAUGCACUUGUCGAUGUGCUCUUGCGGAUGGCUCGCUCCUGGUGCGACGGGCAAGCGCUUGGCAGUGUGCAUGCGAUGCACAUCCUUCGUGCGCUCCUGCAGGACGCAUCCUUGACGCAGCGCACUGCACAUCUCGUGCCGUUGGCGUUCCAGGUGGCUCUAGACGGAUUCCAGGGCACUGCUCCGUGGAUGAUUCGUAACGCUGCGCUGCUUCUGUUGGCUGCCUGCAUCCAGCGUAUCCUAGGUGGUCAAAUCGUCCAGGGCGCCACGGCAUUCCGCGUGACAAACAAGACGAACAGAAGUCAUGAACAGGGAAGCUCGGAGCGCACACUGCACGACUUGCCUGGACUCCAGACUCGAUCAGGAGCCCGAACGCGUAUAACUGAUACCAAUACCCAGGCGUUUCGUCUCGAAGCGUACUGGGAAGAGCCCCUGGUGCUCGUCCAGUCUCGCGCACUCACCAUGGAUGUUUUCCUUUCGCGCUACGCCGGAAUCCUGGAGUCGUUGUGUCGUUUACUGCAGCAAGCGGCGGCGUCGACAACGUCAGCUUCUGUGCAUCCUGGUGCUUUGACGGCUGUGUAUCCAGUUCUUGUGCUGCUGUCGCGGUUAGCGCCCUUGUCGACGUCCACCGACGAGUUGGGCGAUGGCGCUGCUUCAUCCGCUGUCGCUUUUCCUGAUCGACCAGAGGCGUUGUGCUUUAGCGGUCGCCGCUCUGUUCUUCGAAUUCUGCUGGAGGCUGUAGAGCGUCUCACUGUCAGUGCUGAGGGUGCCGUUCGCAGGAAAGCCGCGCUCUGCUGGGCUAGGAUCUGGCAAACCUGCUGCAGUGCGGAUGCAGCUCCAUGCCUGUGGCCGGACGAUAGUACCGAUGCUGCCGCUGUUCAGGGGAUUAUCUUGCGGCUUCGCUAUUUGCAGGCCGUGGGCGCAUGCCCAUCCAGUGUUCGGGAGGCCUUUCAGAAACGUUUCAACCCAGAGAGCUUCGCGAGACGUUUCGGAUUAGAUGCCACCAUCGAGGCACUGCGUCUGUAUGGAGAAUUCGGGCUGCAGACAGAACCGUCCCAGUGGCUCUCCUUCUGCUCCUGGGCGGUGCGUCUGGCCUCCACGGACGCCAGUGUACCAGCCAUGAUCAUGGCUGCUUUAGCGCUGCGGCGUUUCUGCGGAGCCUGUAGCGCCGCAUGCGCUAUCCUUGACGACAAUGAGUACGCGGAGGAGGCUCUUCGCAGUGCCGGUCCGACGUUCGCAGCGCGGUUCGAAAUGAACGCCGCGCAUGAGGAGCGGGUACCAGCGUCGUGUACAGACGCACUUGUGCUUUCGUAUCUGUACUCUGUAGCGGCGACAUGUCCUUUACCAGAGUUGGUCGCUACUGCACUGCAGCUUGCUCAGGAGCGAUCACUGGGCGGUAUUCCGUCGGCCUGGAUACCGCUUUUGCUGCGCCAGCUGCGCUACAGCUCGAACCUCUGUGUGUUGGCGGCAGCUUUGCGCUGGAUAAUCCAAACGUCACCAGAUCAUCCUGCAUUUUUCCCCGCUGUUUGGCGGCACUACCUGGCAGCUGCACACACGAGUACCACACUCGGCGACCUGGCCUUGGAAGCGCUUGGUAGUUUGGUCCACGAUGCCCCCCGGGCACGCCAGUGGGUCCAAGCCCUCGAGGCGCUGAGGCACUCAGCGUACGCAGGAACCCCACAGGCACCCCGCGUUUCAGUUGAACGUCGCCUGGCAAUGACUCGUUCGUUGCAAAGGGCGUUUUGCUGCAAUUACUGGAGGAUGCCGGAACGCACUCUCGCAGCAUUUUUUUGGAGCGAGCGCCUACGCAUCCACGGGGUCUGCUGGCGCCUUCUCGGUGACGACGAAGAGAUCGUCCGGUGCGAGGCUCGCCGUGCUGUGGCUCUUUUCUGGGGACAGCCUCUGUAUGCGACGCUUCGCCGGGGCUACCUCGAGCAGCAACUUGCGAGGGAUCUCGUGUACGCAAUCCUCCAAGAGCAAACCGAGAUGAUUCCUGCACCCUAUAAUACAGACGACGCAGCGCUAUCCACGUACUUGAUUGGUACGUGUAUUGGGGCGGUGCAUCAGCACAACUCGUUUUCGAGCCAAGUAUCGGUUCAGGCUGCGUUAGAAGGACAGAGUACCAUGGAAAGACAACGUUGCCAGAGCAGAUCUGGACCUGGGUAUUGGCAUCUAUUGUAUAGUUCUGAUGAUCUGCAUGUAUCUGACGUUGAACCGCUUUCUGCUGAACAGCUAGCGCUCUACGUACAAGUGAUGCUGAAGCAGGCGCGCAAUGGACGUCUAUGUGUUGGCGGCUCUGGAGAGGCGAUGUCUAUACAAGGUGCGUUCAGCGCGCAUGCAAAUCUCUUUCGGAUACCGGAUGCUGUGUCUGCCAGGUUCAGUGACAAACGUGCACUGCCACAAACGCCGUCAUCGGUACCAUGGGCUGCGUCCCAAGCGCCACUUCAUGGACAGGGAUUUGUCGAUUUCGGGCAGCACGUCCGAGGCUACGCUUUGGAGACUGUGCGUGCAUCUUUUCGGGAACUUUUUGUGGAGACGCUGAAGGCGGCGGCCUCGGAGGCAUCUGCGCCUCCAGCUGAGCUGCGGGAGUCAGUUCCUCGCUGUCCUACAGACGAACGUGCCUUUUCAUAUGCAUCGCUCACCGGUGCAGAUUCGCGUCUGGAACAGCUUGUGAAAGGUCAGUUUCAGGCAAUGCAGGUGCCUGACGUCUUUUCCAAGCGGUAUCGUCUCUGGAUGCAGCGAGUGAUGGGUUUAGAGCAUACAGAGAGCGCGUCGUUGGACGAGUUCUCUGAACUUGAUCUGGCACCAGCGCUCUGGCGGUGGAGUCGGUGUACGACACAGCAAAUGCUUUGUCCUCAACGUGCCAAUGCUUUGCGUGACGUGGAGGAAGAAAGGCAUUCCGCCGCUCGUGCUUCUUGUGAAACAGUGAUAUCGAACACAGACGAUCAGCCUGUUUGGUAUCUGCUUCCAGUGAGCAGAAUUGGCGUCAAAGAGAAUCUAUAG